ACUGCAGAAAAACUAACACAACUGCAAUUUGUUUUCGCGCUACUUUGUUAUUAGCAAGAAAUAUACCAGUGCUUCUAAAAACGCAUGAGCUUCCAAGUCAAGCAGCUUUAGUGUAAAAAAAUUGUACAUUCAAUUGUUCAUAGUGUAAAUGGGAAAAUCGCUCUCCAUACGUCGACUGUGAUUUCGUCUUCGCCAGGUGAUUCUCCAAGUGGCAUACUCUUGAAUAAAUAAUACAAAUAAAAAAUCGGCGCAUGGACAAAUACGACCAAAAUUUGGCUACUUCUUUAAUUUAGUACGACUAGUUUGUUCACGCAAACUAUCACUAAUACGUGAGUAUAUCAUUUAAAACUCUUCUCUUCGUAGCCACAAACCAUCAUACCAGAUAUAUGAAGAUGUAUAUAGGAAUUUUUGUUCGUUAACAGAAUUGGUAUAGAACAGUUAUUAUAUUACCUUUUAUUUAAUCUAUUCCAUAUAUUAACAGAUUCAACAAAUAAGUACAAUAACUCGAUAGACUUUUCAAAUGCUCAUUGGUAAUUCUCAUAUGGGUGGAGAUUUCAAUUGUGUGCCCGACGAAAACCGCUAUCAAAAUCGUUAGCUAAACGAUAGCAAACAUCGAAAACUCUUGUUGGUAAAUUAAGCUUAAUUAAAAUCUUGUAUAUCGUUGGAAACAUCCACACACCACAGUUUGAACAAAUUUCGGUUGGAAUUGUGCUUUCUCCAUCGCUCCGUUUACCAUCUGUACAUAGUGUAAAUGGGAAAAUCGCUCUCCAUACGUCGACUGUGAUUCCUUUUGUAUCGAAAUGGGGAACUAUGAUGCAUAUAAAAUGUGAAAUACUUCCACACCCAUAUAGACGAAUUAAAAGCUUCGUUCGGCGUGUGCGCUUUACGAAUAAAGAAGCGAAACAGAAUGUUCCUAUUUCUAUUAAAAUAGGUGGACUGAGUUUUUCAGUCCAUUUGGAAGGCAGACAACAAGUUUGUUAUCGUUGUAAAGGAAGUGGACAUAUUAAGAAAGAUUGUAAAGUAUUAAAGUGUCGUGUAUGUAAAAGUUUUAGACAUGAUGACCCAGAUUGCCAUGUUCAUGCAUCGUAUGCAAAUAUAACACGCGUAGAUGAUGUUGAUAGUCAAGUUAAGGAUCAAGAUGUUAAUUAUGAAGAACAAGGAUGUUCAGCUGGUUCACAUGAUACUCAUAUGACACCGUCUAAAAAUGAUGGGAGUGAUUGUGAUCAUAGUGGACAUGGUUUCAACGAACCAUUAACCUCAUUAUCAUGUAAAAGUCAACCUACAUCAUUAGUUGUUAGUGCUUUGGUUCAGCCUAGUCCUGCGGAUAUGCAGAACACUGUGAUUGAACCAGUAACACCACCAACAAUUGUUGAGAAGAAUCAACAAAAUGAUCGAUUAUCUAAUGAUGAGAAUCAUAAUAGUUCUGAUGGUUUUCAGAGCGUUUCAAAUGAUUCUGCAUCUAUUAGUAAUGCCGAAUUACAUCAUGUGAGUAAUUCACAAGGAAUGAAACAUGUUGAAAAUUGUUCUCCUGUGUUAGCGUCGGAGAGUACAAUUACAACAUCUAGUCAUUUUUUUCCUGUGUUAGCGCAGAAGGAAGAUAAUUGGACUGAAAUAAGUAAUUCUAAUUCAGUAGUUUCAUUGCCGUCAGAUAUUAAGAGGUUGAAAAAUGAGUUUGAACAUUUUAAAACCGGCAGUAAACAUUUAUUCGAAUAUGAUAAAAGUGCUCAUGAAGAAGAAUUAAACGAACAAUGUGGUGUUAUUAAAAAACCAAAUAUGAAUGAUUCAUCUGUUUCAGAUGAAUCGCAAGGAUAG